AUGGGGGCAUUUUUGGAUAAGCCAAAGAUGGAGAAACAUAAUGCACACGGUGAGGGUAAUGGCUUGCGUUAUGGCCUGAGUAGUAUGCAGGGCUGGCGUGUUGAGAUGGAGGAUGCACACACAGCUGUUAUUGGCCUCCCUCAUGGUCUCAACCUCUGGUCGUUUUUUGCUGUCUAUGAUGGUCACGCUGGGUCACAGGUUGCUCGCUAUUGUUGCGAACACCUGUUGGAACACAUUACCAGUAAUGCUGACUUCAGAGGAGGAGGGAUGGUGGGAGGGGAGGAUACAGGUGGCAGCGCUCAGGAACCUUCCGUGGAGAGUGUCAAGAGCGGGAUCCGCACCGGCUUCCUUCAGAUCGACGAGCACAUGCGGGCCAUCUCAGAACGGAAGCACAGCGCUGACCGCAGCGGUUCGACGGCGGUCGGCGUCAUGAUCUCGCCAACUCACGUUUAUUUCAUCAACUGUGGUGAUUCUCGAGCUCUGCUCAGCCGGGGAGGACGCGUGCACUUCUUCACCCAGGACCAUAAACCCAACAACCCUCUGGAGAAAGAGCGAAUUCAGAACGCUGGAGGUUCGGUCAUGAUCCAGCGAGUCAAUGGCUCCCUGGCCGUUUCCAGGGCCCUCGGUGACUUUGACUAUAAGUGCGUUCAUGGAAAGGGCCCCACGGAGCAACUGGUGUCUCCUGAACCGGAGGUGUACGAGAUUGAGCGGUCAGAGGCAGAGGACGAAUUCGUGGUACUGGCUUGUGAUGGUAUCUGGGAUGUCAUGGCUAAUGAGGAACUCUGUGACUUUGUGCGUUCACGACUCGAGGUUACUGAAGACCUGGAGAGAGUGUGUAACGAGAUAGUCGACACCUGUUUGUACAAGGGAAGCCGUGACAACAUGAGCGUGGUACUGGUUUGUUUUCCCGGCGCACCCAAGAUUUCUCCAGAAGCUGUGAAGAGGGAGGCAGAGCUGGAUAAGUACCUCCAGAGCAGAGCAGAGACAUCUAAAAAGACUAAUAAAUAA